CAGUUGUCAGUGUCAAGGAAUUGCAAGUGCAAUUUACGAAUUUGAUACUAAACUUUUAAAUAAUAGCCAACAAAUAACGUUAGUAUAGUUUAUAUCAACAAUUGCAGAAAACUGGUUGUUACGAAUGAAACUAUUUGAUUAUUUUAGCUUGUAAAACUGCUGCUGCAAAGUAUAGGUACUAGAAUAGGGUAAAUACAGUUUUUAUCAUGUAAGAACUUUGUCUUGUUUGGAAUAAAUAUAAAAGAAAUUGGAUAAGACUGGUCAUGACAACCAUAACAAUUCAAGAUGUUUUCUGUUUCGGAUUUAAUAAAUCCAGCAACAAGAAAAUUGACAAAGAUGGUGUUCUGCCAUUUAUUAUAUUGCCAAUUUUAUUAUUGUUCGCUACUGUAUCUCUAACGAUAACCAUAAUAAUUAUGAUUGUUAUUGGCAUGGGAGCAUUAUAUGUACAGACAAGGCCACGUCAAAAGAACAGAUCACCAUUUUUUUUCUCAUGGACAUUAUCAUCUGGUGUUUGGAUGUUUCUAGUAUUUGAAAUUGCAAUACUAAGAUUACUUGAGAUAACACAGUUGGAGCACUUUGUUUUCUUAGUACUACUGGCAUGCACAUGUUAUUCCUUUUACAAAGUAAAAGCUAUUGCUGAUUUUGAACUUGCGACUGGGUCAUCAAAGGGAAAAGAAUACAGCCCAGUGUUAACAUCAGACUCACAUUACUGUCAAGUAUGUCAAAUAGAAGUAAAUGAUAGAUUUUUCCAUUCAAUAUGGUGGAAUUGUUGCAUCUUAAGACAAAACUACAUUUACUUCUAUGUUGGGCAGUUGUUUGCAUUUUCAACAAUCCUAUACGGAACUAACUUGGGUCUAACAACAAUAUGUCAACCAUUUUUACUUUACGGCAUUAUACUGUUACCUAAAGACUGUCAAGAUGUGUAUUUUGAGUUCCAACUAGCAAUAUCAUUUGUCUGCUGCAUUUAUGGAUUGGGAUACUUAUGUGUUGUCACCCUUCUAUUGAUACGUCACUUAUUUGUAUUUAUACCGAAAUAUAUGGCGCCACAGUGGAAAAAAUUGGUAAAUCCGACUGUGUGAUAUAAUCACAGUGUAGUCUUAUAUACAUUUCCAAAGAUAUAAAAUUAUUACAUAAUAUAAUGUUUAUUUAAAAGUAGUAAUAGAAAAAAUGAAAUUGAUCAUAAUAAGUAGGCAUUUUUCACUGUUACAAUAUAUGUAGGUUGAAAA